AUGAGUCCAAACAAUCCAAGUCAGUUUUGGAGUCUAAGAGUCCGAUUUUUUCAAACGACAAACCAACCGCGGAUUCUCCUCCUGACAAACCCUCGCAACCUUGUGGACAAGAGAACUGCUUUGACUUAUAUUGAUGCCGAAGGCAACUGGCAUAGAGCUAGCAAGGGAGCCCCAGAGCAGAUUCUAACUCUCUGCAAUGCAAGUGAAGACUUUAAAAGGAAGGUUCAUGCUAUCAUAGAUAAGUUUGCUGAACGUGGGUUGCGAUCAUUAGCUGUUGCAAGACAGGAAGUGCCUGCAAAAUCAAAAGACAGUCCUGGUGGUCCAUGGCAAUUUGUGGGUUUGCUAUCCCUCUUUGAUCCUCCAAGACAUGAUAGUGCCGAGACAAUCCGCAGGGCCCUUAAUCUUGGUGUAAAUGUCAAGAUGAUUACAGGUGAUCAACUUGCUAUUGGAAAUGAGACUGGACGCAGACUUGGAAUGGGAACAAACAUGUAUCCUUCUGCUUCUCUACUUGGUCAACACAAAGAUGAGUCCAUUGCUGGCCUUCCUGUUGAAGAGUUGAUCGAGAAGGCUGAUGGAUUUGCUGGAGUAUUUUCGGAGCACAAAUAUGAAAUAGUGAAGAAGUUGCAGGAGAGGAAGCAUAUUGUUGGGAUGACUGGAGAUGGAGUAAAUGAUGCCCCUGCAUUGAAGAAGGCAGACAUUGGAAUUGCAGUUGCAGAUGCUACUGAUGCUGCAAGAAGUGCUUCUGAUAUUGUGCUUACUGAACCUGGUCUAAGUGUUAUCAUAAGUGCUGUUUUGACUAGUAGAGCUAUUUUCCAGAGAAUGAAGAAUUACACGAUAUAUGCAGUCUCCAUUACCAUUCGUAUUAUGUUUGGCUUUAUGCUUAUUGCUUUGAUAUGGAAGUUUGAUUUCUUUCCCUUUAUGGUUUUGAUUAUUGCUAUCUUGAAUGACGGAACAAUUAUGACAAUCUCAAAGAACAGAGUGAAGCCAUCACCUCUCCCUGAUAGCUGGAAACUAAAAGAGAUUUUUGCCACUGGCGUUGUGCUUGGAGGCUACCUGGCAGUGAUGACUGUUGUUUUCUUUUGGGCAAUGCAUAAAACUGACUUUUUCCACGACAAAUUUGGGGUAAAAAAUAUAAGGAACAGUGAGGAUGAAAUGAUGGCUGCUCUAUACCUACAAGUCAGUAUUGUUAGCCAGGCUCUGAUUUUUGUCACUCGGUCGCGCAGUUGGUCUUAUGUUGAACGCCCUGGGCUGUUGUUGUUAACUGCUUUUGUCAUUGCUCAGCUGGUUGCAACAUUGAUUGCUGUUUAUGCUAACUGGAGUUUCGCUAGAAUUAAAGGAUGCGGUUGGGGAUGGGCUGGUGUAAUCUGGCUUUACAGUGUAGUGUUUUAUGUGCCACUUGACUUCCUUAAGUUCUUCAUUCGUUAUGUAUUAAGUGGAAAGGCUUGGCUAAACUUGAUCGACAACAAGAUCGCUUUCACAACCAAGAAGGAUUAUGGCAAAGAGGAGAGGGAAGCUCAAUGGGUUUUUGCUCAGAGGACUUUGCACGGACUUCAACCACCUGAUGCCUCUGGCAUCUUGGACGAAAAGAGCAGCUACAGAGAACUUUCUGAAAUUGCUGAACAAGCCAAAAGGAGAGCUGAAAUGGCCAGGCUUCGGGAGCUGCAUACACUCAAGGGUCAUGUUGAGUCAGUGGUGAAGCUCAAAGGCUUGGACAUUGAAACUAUUCAGCAGCAUUGUACCGUCUGAAGAAGUUAAUGAACCUUGAGCGUGAGGGGCCGGCUGGAAAAAGAAGUGUUGAUCAGAGAAAGCAGAGAAGGCCAUAUUUAGUUAGAUAAAAGUCUGU